GCGGAAGUUGCCUGGGACCGGCGUGACUUUCAGCAGGCUAGCUGGAACGUUAGGGUCGAAUUGAAGAGGAAUUGCAUUUUCACUGGCCUUUAAAGUCAACAUGAUACUUUUAAAGGCGGGUCUUUGUUUGACCAAAACUCACCGUUUGGCCACAGGAAGCGUCACUCUCAAAAAGGUCCUUAUUAACAGCUGUCGGACAUGCUCAUCCGAAGUCUUUCCUAAUGAGAGGAUCCGCAACAUCGGCAUCUCUGCGCACAUCGACUCUGGAAAGACAACUUUAACCGAGAGGGUCCUCUUCUACACCGGGAGGAUAGCAGAGAUUCACGAAGUAAAGGGGAAGGAUGGCGUUGGAGCCACCAUGGACUCCAUGGAGCUGGAGAGACAGAGAGGCAUCACCAUCCAGUCAGCUGCCACAUACACCAUCUGGAAGGAUCACAACAUCAACAUCAUCGACACGCCUGGUCACGUGGAUUUCACUAUCGAGGUGGAGCGAGCGCUGCGUGUUCUGGACGGAGCCGUGCUGGUUUUAUGUGCAGUGGGAGGUGUCCAGUGUCAGACCAUGACUGUAAACAGACAAAUGAAGCGCUACAACGUACCCUUCCUCACGUUCAUAAACAAGCUGGACCGAAUGGGAGCCAACCCCAGCCGGGCCCUGCAGCAGAUGAGAUCCAAACUGAACCACAACGCAGCCUUUGUGAAUAUCCCUAUAGGCUUGGAAGGAAAUAUGAAAGGCAUCAUCGACCUAAUAGAAGAGAGGAGCAUGUACUUUGAUGGGCCGUUUGGUCAAGCUCUCCGCUAUGACGAAGUUCCACCUGAAUUUCGCGCUGAAGCAGCAGAUCGGAGGCAAGAACUGGUGGAGUGUGUUGCCAAUGCGGAUGAAACCCUGGGGGAGAUGUUCCUGGAGGAGAAGAUUCCAACCAACCUAGAUCUGAAGGCUGCGAUCCGCAGAGCCACAGUGCGUCGUCUCUUCACUCCAGUGUUGGUUGGCACGGCGCUGAAGAACAAAGGAGUCCAGCCACUUCUAGAUGCUGUACUGGAUUAUCUGCCCAACCCCAGUGAAAAAAAAAACUAUGCCAUCCACAAUGACGAAGAUUCUGCAGUAUCGUCAAAGGUCGAAAUGGAUUGUACAAGAGACUCUUCUAACCCAUAUGUUGGUCUCGCAUUCAAACUGGAGGCUGGUAGGUUUGGACAGCUGACAUAUGUACGGGUUUAUCAAGGCUGUCUGAAGAAAGGGGAAUACAUCUUCAACACUCGCACGGGCAAGAAGGUCAGAGUUCAGAGACUCGUGCGGCUCCAUGCUGAUCAGAUGGAGGAUGUGGAGGAAGUUUAUGCAGGAGAUAUCUGCGCCCUUUUUGGGAUCGACUGUGCAAGCGGAGACACUUUCACAUCCAAGAAUAGUACCAACCUCUCCAUGGAGUCCAUCCACAUCCCAGAGCCCGUCAUAUCCAUGGCCAUGAAGCCGUCCAACAAGAACGAUCUGGAUAAAUUCUCCAAAGGCAUCAACCGGUUCACCAGAGAGGAUCCCACAUUUAGAGUACAUUUUGACACAGAGAGCAAGGAAACCAUCAUCUCAGGCAUGGGGGAGCUGCAUCUGGAAAUUUACUCACAGAGGAUGGAGAGGGAGUACAACUGUCCCUGUGUGAUGGGGAAACCCAAAGUGGCCUUUAGAGAGACCAUCAGCAGUCCUGUAUCGUUUGACUUUACGCACAAAAAGCAGAGUGGCGGCUCCGGACAGUACGGUAAAGUUGUCGGCGUCCUCGAGCCUCUUGAGUCAGAACAUUACACCAAGCUGGAGUUUGAAGACCAGACAGUCGGCCCCAACGUCCCAAAGCAGUUUGUUCCAGCCAUUGAGAAGGGCUUCAGAGACGCCUGUGAGAAGGGACCCCUGACUGGACACAAGAUUUCGGGUGUCCGAUUCGUCCUGGAAGACGGAGGUCAUCACAUGGUUGACUCAAAUGAAAUUUCCUUCAUUCGUGCUGGAGAAGGUGCUCUGAAACAAGCCAUGGAAAAGGCCAACAACAUCGUCCUGGAGCCGAUCAUGUCUGUGGAGAUUGUUGCACCUCAGGAGUUUCAAGGAGCAGUCAUUGCUGGGGUGAACCGUCGCCAUGGCGUCAUCACUGGACAAGAUGGAGCUGAAGGGUUCUUCACUUUGUAUGCAGAUAUUCCACUAAACGAUAUGUUUGGCUACGCCACAGAGUUACGAUCCUGCACCGAAGGUAAAGGCGAGUACACAAUGGACUACAGCAGAUAUCAGCCCUGCCUCCCAGCCACACAAGAAGAUCUCAUCCACAAAUACUUAGAAGCUACAGGACAGCUGCCCACCAAGAAAAACAAGUGGAAAAACUAAAGACCGUCCGUUCAGCUGCCUCUUCGCUGGACUUUGACGUCACUGGAGUUUUUCUCCUCAUAACAUUGAGCCAAACGAAAUGUUGCUUUUCUUCAUAGAGUGUCUCCCUAAUUUAUAUACUUUAAAACAAAAUAUGUUUUUCUCAACUUUGGUAUCAUUUGACCCCUUUUAUUUUUCUGCCAGCUGUCAAAGGAAAACAGUUACAGUGAGUUUGUUUUUUUGACUGGAGCUUACUAUUUUGUACUAUGUACAAAAUGAUUUACUGCGAUAUUGGUUUUUUAAAGUAUCUAUUCAAAUUAUUGUGAAUCAGAGAGUUUUAUUUUCCUGUGAAGUUUUGACAACAGUCCGUAAAAAAAAAAAAAA